UUUUGCUGGUGAAAGCAAGACAUUUAUAUAUACUUAUAAAUAACAAAGCUACAAAACUACUAACUUACAAACAAUCAAAUACUGCAGUUUCAGUAGUAUUAUUAUUCCUGUCGAGGAGGCUGGGCCUCGUCAUUUCUUCCGAACUAACAAUUGACCAUGCUGUUUUAUUAUUUCCCUUUCCAACAACCUGACUUGCGUACAUUUUCGUAAUUAAUUAAAAAAUCAACACUAACAAAAAUUUAACGGGUUAAUAGAAAUUGCUCAUAAAAUAAAAGAACUAUAUACAAAUCAACACUAAAAUAUGACUGAAAACCAACGAUCAACCAAUUAGGGUCAAUGACCUCCCUUCUCAACAAUGCAAUUCUUCGCUACAACUUUGUGCAGGAUUUGAUCCUAUACUUAAACAAAUGGUGCUUAUCUUCUAAUCAAGAUAACUUACAAUCGUGCUUAUCUGACUUAUUAUUUAAAGUUAAGUGCCAUUGGUAACAUCAUUAUAAAUGCGAUUUUACAUUUCAUGAAUUUCUUUUACAUUCCAUUUCUAAAAUUAAAUACCUUCAUACAUUAUUAAAACAAUGAGUGACAUAUGCUACACCCUUGUUCUUAUGGCAUAGCUGUAAUCCUAAUUAUUUUGACAAGUGUUAGCCCCAUAAAUAUGCAGAGUAACGAUGCUGGUGUAAUCGUCAAUCCAAACUAUCAUCAAGAGUAUUAUGACCAGGAGAAAUCUUCCGCCUAUGGUGACGAUGAUUUAAGUUACAACAACGAGAAUCAACAUUAUGAGGAUUAUCAGGCUUAUCAGGAAUUUGUCAAGGAGGGUCAGACUUGGAGAAAGGUUUUGGAGCAACAGGGCAACUACGUGAAACAAGGAGGUAUUCCCAUCAGAAAUGACAACAUCGUACUACUGCCAGAGACCACAGAUCCACCCAUUUCUACGACAGAAGAACCCUACGAAGAUGCCAUCAUCCGAUUAAACUGUGACGAUCCGUGGUUCUGGAACUCGUUCAAGUGUCUCUAUUUGGACGUUAAAAAGCGGAAUUAUGUCGAAAGAACGACUUCCAAUGCGAUAACGGUAGCUUGGAUGUUAGGACCACCGGUGGGGUUGCUGGCGCUUGUUAUUUGUUCAUUUUGUGUCGUCCAGUGCUACUUAAAAUCUAGAGUGAAAUCAUUUGAGCAAAGAACGGAUGAUAUCCGAACGCAGUAUGAGCCUGGUAGCAUCAAAUUAGAUGACGGGACCGUGAGAAAGUAUACGCCCAACCAGGAGGAAAUAGAUGCAUUCGAAAAUAUGAUCUCCACUCUGGUAUCCAUCGUUUAAGACGACGUAAAAAUUGUGAUAUAUGUAUGUAUACAUAAAAUGGUGCCAAGAUUGCAUCAUGCAUAAUUCGUCCAUUGA